GCAAGUCAAUUUCAAAUUUGUGCAUCUACUAUGAGCAGAUAGUAGCUGGAAUGGAGCUCUAAGAUUAGUGCCGACAGGUUACCUUUAUAAACAUCAAAAUGCAAACUAAAGACCUGGUCAGCACGUUAAGGAAGUUUGACGCUUAUCCCAAAACUCUUGAAGACUUCAGAGUGAAAACAUGUGGCGGCGCUGCCGGUAAGUGAAUUAAGCUCGUAUCGUAAGCCCUAAACGAUACUAAAUGGAUUUUUAGCACCGUUUUGUAAGCUUAUUUAGAGCCCAUUGUUCAAAGAAAGAUUCAAAAGUUGCGGCCGAUAAUCUGUUUUGUUUUUCUCCUCCAAAAAAAUACCGGUAAUUGAAGAUAAAUUAUGCUUGAUUUGAAUCGCGGGAAACCUCUGGUUCUUGUUUACCGUGUAAACGUGGCAAGAUUCUUAGCAGUUAUGCAUCGUAAAUGAACACGCCGAUUGGCCAGAAAAUUAAGUAGUUCAACUCACGAACCUUUCAAGUGACUAAAGUUUUUCGCUCUUUCUUUUCUGUGUUGCUGUUGUCAAAAGAAUGAAGCAUGUUUCGUUCAAUAUAUUUCUUCGACUUCCCUGUCGAUUUGUUGGCCAAUCAGAUGUAACCAUGUGUCAAACUGAUUUGUGAUGUCUUAAAAAAUAUGUCGAUACUCUUGAAAGUUUUGGUAAAAAAAUCCUCACCAUACUUCUCUUGUAUCCUACUGAAAGUAAAAAAUAUACCCUUAUAUUUUAAAAAGUGAAUAAUAUACUCUCUAGGCCGGCCAGUAGAGCCGAUAAUGUGCAUUGUGUGACAGAACUCGGAAGAAAACUGUAUCUACCUGUUUGUCACACAACCUUGAGUAAUGUGCUCCUAACUUUGAAGUUGAAAUAGCUGUAUAAACUCUGACAGAAGCUGAAAAAUUAUCAGGAAUGAAAGGGCUCAGAUUUUUUUGUUUGACUGAGAUAAUUAAUUUUUCCCUUGUAUCCAAACAAUCAUUGUACAGUGUACCUAGGCAAGCAUAAUUUUGGUUUCAGUCUUAGAAUAAAUAGUGAACUUAUGCUGUAAGGUACCAGAGCAAAGAACACAGCAAAUCCUUAAGUAUCAUUUAUGGCAAUAUUGUGUUCAAAAAAAAUUUGCCCAAAAUUCACCUUCCUUUAAACAGGUCUUUCUGUAACAGACCAGUCAACACAGAAAUGAGGUCCGCUCAGCAGGGGAAGGGGGGCAGGGGUACAUACGUAUGUCCCUAGUCUGAAUUUCAAAACCAGUCAUUUCCCCUAUUGAGCAUGAGGUCAUGCCCCUAUAAGUAUUGCUCUAUUGUACAAGUUUUCAACCCGCAGGCGUGAGACUCACGCCUAAGGCGUGAGAGUUGGCAGGUAUAUUGUCACCGUUUCAUAUGUCUUAAGUCACUGUUUCAAGGCCAUGUCGCUUGCUGGAAUUUUACCGUCAAAGGGCCUCAGUGAUUAAGCUAAGAUCACAACAAAACAGGCAAAUAAUAGCCCUGUCACACAAACAUGACAUCACUUAUAACACGCACUGUAUUUAGUGUCAAACCAUUAAAUAAAUUGUGAAUUAUAUGUUUGGUGAAAUAAUUUAUCACCAUUCACUGUUGAGACUGUCUUGUAGAGCUAUACUCAAACUGACAUCACCUGUUGAUAUUUUAAUAAUUUUAAAUUUGCUAACCAGAAGCGCAUUAGCUCUCUUAAUAAUAAUAAAAACAAUGUUUUUAAACAGUGUUGUCUUCUAUUUUAUUUUUGAAGAUUCAUUCAUAAUCCAAUCAUUUUAAUUUUUUGUCUUUUUCCAAUUUCUUUGCAGUCACCCUUGUUAGUGGAUUUUUUAUGUUCCUGUUGUUUGUAUCAGAAUUAAGUUUCUAUUUAACAACAGAGGUAAGGUUAGGCAACGUAUUGCUGUUUAAGUCUUAAGGUGAUAUUUUUGCACAAGAUGAUUUGCAACAAUAAUUUUUAGGGCACAACACAGUGUUGCAACAUUAUGUCGAGUGGUUGCAACAUUGACACUCCAACUUUGCAGUGUCAUGUUGCACUAAAAUUGUCGUUGUAAAUGAUCCCAUGCAAUAUCACCUUAAGAAGUACUCACUGUGACUAGGGUUAAAACCCUAUAAUCAUGGACUGAAAAGGAAAAGAAUACUAUUAAGCAACCUUAAACACUGAAAUAAAUUUGCGUAAAAAUGCAGUUCUAAUUUUUUUGACAUCUCAUAACUAUUUGUCAAGUUACAUACUGUGGUAGCAUGUUUUAGAAAGAGGUCUUACUACAUUGUAGUUACAAUUUGUAGCAAUUUGUACAUGAUGUUUUUGUGUUGAAUUUGCAGGUGACUCCUGAACUUUAUGUAGACACAGCAAGAGGUCAAAAGCUUAGAAUUAAUGUAGAUGCACUUUUUCCUAAAUUACCAUGUGUUUGUAAGUACUGAUUUAUUCUGUCACAUAACUUUAUGCUACGCCAAAAGUGACAAAAUAUCAAAGAUGCAACUUUAUAAUUCAAAUCCACCAAUUCACUCUCAAGAUCGAUAAAAUUAUCAUCAAUUUGCUUUUUGAAUGUGUCAAGAUAGUAGAAUUUAAUUUCAAUUCCCACGUGUUUCAUGUAAUGUAACAAGAGACACGUUUUCUAAAUCAAGAUGCAUGUUUUUUAAAUCAAGAAGGGAGACGACAAUUUUUGAUCAGUUUGGUUUCCGAGAGGGACUGAAACCGAGCACACAGGUUACAAUUCAAGGUUUUAAAGUGUAGACGGGCCUGCUCGACUCCUGCAGUUCGCAAAUAGAUUGGUCUUAAAACCUUUAUAGUUUAGCUCUUACUUGAGUGUCUUUUAGGGAUUUUCCUUUGCGAUAUGAAAUGAGGGGAGGUUCCUUAAAGAUGUUUCUGAGAUAAUAUUAUGGUUGGUUCUGUAUAAGGUGCCAUUUCCCCAUGAGUAUGUUCUUGAGGUUGGGCAACGCAGGGUGGUAUUGCGUUACGAAGGGUAGUAUUUUCUUACUUGCAUUUUCCUUUCUCUGUUCUAGUGCUUUCUUUCCGUCUGCGAAAAUGACCUCUGAAAGAUGUUUUUCUACAGUUGUAGCUGGGUAAUCUCUAUUCUUGAGGCGUGUUGAAAAAUUCCUCAUGUUCUCUUCAAAAGUGAUUUCAGAGGAAUUUGUUUGUUAGAAGCCUUGAAGCUUCUCCUUUGAUGAAGCCUUUGGUGACGCCUGGUGGGUGACACGAAUACAAAUUCGUGUAUUGGAAUGUUUCUGUAGGCCUGACAGGGUCCAAAAUUGCGCCUUCCUGGUCACCAAUGCGACCAAAAAUUCAGUCCUGGCGAACAGAAUUUCAUAGCUGGUCGCCAGCUGGCGACUUGUAAAGCUGGUUGUUAUUGUAGACUUUCAUGUUCGUAGAAAAUGAUUAAGAAUUGAAACCUCAAAGCUCUUUGCCAACAGGUGUCUUACUUUUUGUCCUGCUGAUAUUUUUUUAAUUUAAAAGGGAAACGAAUCUUCCUGUAAAUAUACCUCCACAACAGCUACGAUCAAUACGAGUUGAACGUUACCAAGCCACCAAGGGGAAUUUUUGGCGAAAAUAAUUUGCCCUCUGGCGACCAAAAAUUUAUACUUGCUCACCAGUUGGCGCCCAUAUUAAAAAGUUAAUUUCGGACCCUGCUUGAAGGUGUUCGCACGUUAAGGAUAGAAUCCUUGUUGAAUCUGACACCUUUGUUCCUUUCGUGUCCAAGAAUGUAAAACACGGGGAUUCGCGGAGGAUCGGGCGUAAGGGAGAGCCAUUUAGCCGUUGUUUUAUCAAUGUGGCCUUCUGAGAGCAGUGUUUUAAUAAGUUGUUGAGCUUUUUUGGUUGUAGUUUCAACCAUUGGUUUGUCUAGAGGUCGGUAGUUAUUUAAAUCAUCAAGCAGAACCUGACCUUCGUUUAGUUUGUCCUGUCUGCUCAUCAAUACGGUGGUGUUUACCUUUAUCAGAUUUCUUAAGAAUAACGCUUUUGUUGCGCGAUAACUCUUUGAGAGCUCGGCGCUCUCCCGUAGAUAUAUUAUCUUUUGGCUCGUCAAAUUCAAUACUUGCAAGCUCUAAUUUUACCUCCUCUAGGAAGGUCUCCAGAGCUACAGAUAGCUGGACUGGUGGUUCCCAGUCCGACUUCACGUGGAAAGGAUGAGGUUCGUGUUCUUCCCCGUGAAAAAUAUAUUGUAGUCGCAUUCGUCUCGCAAAUUGAUUGAAAUCCGCGAGAAGCUGGUGCCUGAUAAGAUUUUCUUUUGUCACGGGUGUAGGGAUAAACUUUAGACCACGCGAUAGUAGAGUAAUUUGCUUAUCUGUCAGUUGUUCAUUUGACAGGUUUUUGAUAUACUGUUUGUGUGACUCAAUGGCGUUAAAAGAGCGCUUUUUGUCUUUGAUUUUUCUCCGCUCUUUUCUUUUGCGGUUUUUGGCCGCUUUGUUAUCUCUGGGGUUUGCUUUCCCUUUUCCCCUUACUUCUAAGGAGUCUGAUACGGAGACAACAGUAAGAUUAACUUUGUUUAUUCGCACACACUUGUGAUCUCAUUUGUUCUAACAAUACAUCGGCUUCGCUAAUCUUGGUCUUCAAUUUACAUUGUCAUCUUUGUUGACAGUUUUCUUGCUAGCCGGUGAUUGCGUUUUCUGGUGAGACGUCUGCCUAGUAUUCCUAUAUCACUCCUUACAGUAUUCCUGCGAGAUUUAUACUGUUCGAGUUUACGAAGCUUGUUUUUUAAUCGUUCUGCGCGCCUGUGGUGAUAUUUCACCACCGCUUCUACAAGAGCCUGUUCUGCUUUCUUUCUGAUCAAGCCUAUCUCGUUCUUAAAUCGCCGCCUCAGGUCUUCGUCAGGUGUUGACACGUUUCAGAUGUGUUCGAGAUGUGUUAAUUCCUUGUGCUGCUCGAAUGAUUCUUCUGACAAGUUCUUCGAUUCCUUCCUCCGCCAUGUCUAACGCGGGAGGGCGGGAAUGGGCAAGAAUGGACGGGGUUCUUCAUGGAGCAUUCCAUGGAGCAUGGCAGAUUUUUCGGUUUCAGUCCCCCUCGGAAACAAACUGAUCAAAAAUUGUCGUCUCCCUUCUUGAUUUAAAAAACAUGCAUCUUGAUUUAGAAAACGUGACUCUUGAUACAUGACAUGAAACACGUGGGAAUUGAAAUUAAAUUCUACUAUCUUGACACAUUCAAAAAGCAAAUUGAUGAUAAUUUUAUCGAUCUUGAGAGUGAAUUGGUGGAUUUGAAUUAUAAAGUUGCAUCUUUGAUAUUUUGUCACUUUUGGCGUAGCAUAUAACUUUGCAGUCACUGUAAUGUUUUUUUCUAAACUUGUUGCAUUAUGGUCUACGUAUUGCUCUCAUCAACCAUUUAUAAAAAUUCUUCUGGAAUUAAAUAAAGUUGGUAUUCCUUAUUUUCAGAUUUAAGUAUUGACGCAAUGGACGUGUCUGGUGAGCAGCAGGUAUCUGUAUAUUUUAUGUGCUAGCUUUUAGGCAGGCCAUCAAGUGUCAAAUUAUCAAAUUUCAUACUUGGCUCCGAGGCUGAGGGGCAUAAAGCAAAAGAAAUGAUUUAUUCAUCUCCGAAUCUCAAUGUGAUUUUUUUUGUUCAAUACAUGUACCCUUUACUUAGCUUCAGUGCUAGUAUAUUUUAAUAAUUUGAAUCUGGCCUUUUGCAUUUAGGAAGGUUAGUCACCAGCAUUUUCAUAAUGAUAUAGAGACACAUGUAUGUACGUGUUAUUUUCCGAAACCGACAUUUAUUAGUGUAUGCUUUGAUAUCCCUUGCUUUUUUUUUGUUUAAAUGUUGCUUGCCCAGAAGGGUGCAAAGAAAAUCAUUUUUACAGCUUGCCAUUCGGGCAAACUGAAGCUAACAUUUACUAGACCAGAUGUCAUUUCAACUAGCCCCAAAAGCUUUUUGAAGAGCAGAAUUGAUCUCACAGUUCUUCUGUUAUUCAAAUUCCUCAAAAUUCACUAGCCCCGGGUGGCUAUCGGACACCACUUUCUUUGCAAGCUGCCCAGAUACAUGUACACCUGCUAUUGUUAUUUCUGAUUUUCUGCUAAAAAAUAAAUAAAUAAAUAAAAUAUUUUGACAAUACCUUUGAGGUAGUUUUAGUGGCAAUGAGCAGUUCCUGUUACCCAAGCUGUGUCAUAAAGAGAUCUGCUUUAUUACGUUUCAGCAUUUUUGAUCUAGCUGUAUUUCUUAUUGUCAUGCGAUUUAUUUUUUCAAUAAAUAAUUUAUAGUAUUUGCAUUUCUUCCCAUAAAAUGUAUGUCAUUAUAAUUAUUUAGAUUGAUGUUAUGCAUAGUAUAUUUAAAACAAGAAUGGAUCUAAAUGGAGAGCCAAUUGAUGAAAAUGCAGAAAAAGGAGGUUAGUGUAAAAAAAAGAACAAAUGUUACAGUUAACCCUUUAAACCCUAAGAUCAAAAUUUGAAUUCUCAUUUGUUGCCCCAAUUCAUUUCCUAUGGAAGAAGUGGGGAGAAGUUGAUAAAAUAUCAAUCAUUUUCAUCUUGUGUGAUCAUGUCCAUAAUUCACAUGACCACUCUGAGGUACAAAGCAUUGCUAUUACAAGGAGAAAUUUGAUGCUGAUCACUCUUAGGGCUUAAAGGAUUAAGGUUUAGUUAAGUUGGUUGCUCAAGAGUGGUUUGUCAUAAAUUAGCAUAAUCUUUAGCAGAAACAUCACUUUAUUUGAGCUUUAUUUUGUAAGUCCUCACCUUCUAUUGAAGACGGUAUUCACCAUCAUCAUAUCAUAUUUUUUAAAUGAAGCCAAGCAAAGUAUAUCAGACAAGCGCUUGAUGGCCACUUAGUACAUAUAGAGGUGACCACAACAGGAAAAUUCUCAUCAGGGUGGUACUUUUCUACAAUAUUAGUUGGGACUUUGAGAUCUGACCGCUUGUUUAUGAGGGAGGGCUACUUAAAUGGAACUUCAACUGUAGUAAAGUGCACACAGUAAUAUUUCUCUUGUUAUGUCACAGAUCUAGGUGACAAGAGUCAUGAAGCAAAAGAAUUAUUAGAGGUUAGUUUGAUUAUUGUGUAGCAAAUGGUAAUUAAGUGGCAUGUUUGACCCUUAGAUAUGAGUUUUAAAAUAAAUUAUCGUUAGGCCAUCCUCUUUUUUUUUCUCUGUUUAGCGUCGUUCGACCAACCCAAAUUUUUGGCCAAAAAAAAAAGUAAUGACGUAGUUAAACCAUUUUUCACUUGAAAUAAUUCUUUUAAUCUGAAAAAUGAGCAUAGUAACAGCAUAGAGAAAAACAUGAACACAUUGUACAGUAUAUUGUGUAUUUUCUUAAUCCAAAUACAUGUAUGUGAAUGUUAACUUUCAACGUCGUCCUGGGGUACCAGGGCCUCCUAUUCUGAGACUUCUUGUGAUUUUUUUUUUUUCAAUCCGACCGACUGACCGACCCAAUAUCAGGAAACGCGUGCGACGCUAAAUGAAAAAAAGGGGGAUGGCCUUAUUAAAAUAGUACAAAACCUGAUUGAAGAUUGGCUGUGGGUGGAGAUGCGGAGGGUUCUUUCCAACUGAAACAAAGUAUCUUCAUUAGCAUCCAAGGUCCUCCAGUCAACACUAUUUAGAUAACCUUAUCUGUAUCUGAUAUUAAAUUUCAAUUACAAUUUUUUUGUGUGACAGCUUGAUCCUAACAGAUGUGAAUCAUGUUACGGAGCGGAGACUCCUGGUAAAGAAUGUUGUAACACAUGUGAAGACGUAAGAGAAGCUUACAGAAGAAAAGGAUGGGCUCUGUCUGAAGUAGACAACAUUAAACAGGUGCAAGAAAUAGUCACUUGUCUUUACCUAAGGGGCUAUGCAAUCGUGGGUUCCAUAUUUUUAUAUCAAAGCUGAGUUAAAAUUAUAAUGAAGUAUUCUCAGCAACUGUUUUAUUGGAAAUCAAAGGGAAAACAAAGUAAGUGUGGUCAAUUUUUGGUCAUUUUUUGUUGACGAAGGAGUGUAACUCUAUUACUGAGGUUGACCCAUUCCGAUUCUUUUUAGAUGCAAUCCAUUUACAUCCUGGCCAAGCCAAAGUCAUACUAGUCUUCUCUUAUAGUUGAGCCUGAGUACAGUUGUAGAGUACUCUGAUUGUAAAUUCUUUUUAAGUUGGUAAAGUGAUACCAGAAAAUCGUGAAACAGCUCCUUUAAAUCAUAGUUAAUUGAGUGGAAUGGUUAUGAAACCCGUCAGACUCCUUUGUUAUAUGUUUUUGUGGACCUGAAAGUGCACAACGUUCAAAAGAAUUCCUAUCAUUUUGAUUGUAUUGACCAAUAAAAACGUUGCAUUAAUUUAUUCCGUAACAAUUUGCCAACAGAAAACAAAGGAUUGUGCACUUUCACGGUGCUUUGAACAUAAACUGCAGCACUGUUGUUUUUAUCAUUGAUGUUUGCCACUUUUCAUAACCAGUCUCCUCUAAUAACUAUGUUUAAAUACAUUCAUUGAAUGUUGGGGCAUCCUUAAGUUUGGAUAGUAUGAAAGUUGUCUUUUUCUCUUUCAAAUACUAAUUUUUGUGGAGGGCUCGUAAAGAUAAAGGAAAUACAUAAAAAAACAAAGAAAAAACUGAUAUUACAUACAUUGUAUACAUGUAAUCAAUAUUUUUAUGAUGCUGUUACAUUUUUAUGCAGUGUGUGCGAGAAGGCUGGAAGGACAAACUGAAUGAACAGAAAAAUGAAGGAUGUUUAGUUACAGGCCAUUUGGAGGUGAACAAGGUAGCUGGAAACUUUCAUUUUGCUCCUGGAAAGAGUUUCCAACAGCAUCAUGUCCACGGUGAGUUACAUACGUGUACUUUAUUUAUCUGAUAAAAUUACAACCUGCUGUAAGUUAAUUUUAACAUCAUUAGUAACUUAAGAAGGUCUGCUUCCAUGACUGGUUUAAGUCUGAGCAGAACUUGUUAAUCACAAACUAGUAUUGUAGAAAUUUUGCACUCACUGACAGGACAUUCUUUGGAAUACAGUUGAAUGUUAAUGCAGGUAGAUGUAUUUGUUUGUAAAAUUUAUGCCUGUGUACAUGUAUACACCUGUUAAAUACAGUAAGGGUGUUGGAGCUAGAGGUACAUGAUUUCUUGGUCUAAAGCUUUCAACAGCCAGGAGGGGUGGAGGGGGUUAGGUCCAAUACCCCUCCCCCCAUGGGGGAAGUUCUUAUUGCUGUCAACAUCCAUUUCAGCCUAUGCACAGGAUAUGUAUUAACACACAAACUACAACUGUUGUAAGAGCUUAUUUAAAAUCAUUGUUAAAAAGACCUUCAGUCAAAGUUAAUAAAAAAUGAAUUAACUUCUAAACAUUAUCUUAAAGCACAUUUUCAGAAUAUUGAUAAAUCUUUUAAACUAUUAGUGCACAGUUAAAAUCCCUGAUUGUUAAAAACAUUGAAAUAAAAAGAUAAAUUCUUGUUGAAAUUAUACAUCUAACUGAAAUCAAUCAAGUCAUUUGAUGAAACAAAAAUUGCAUGAAAUUACCAUAAAAAUAAAUGGUUUCAUAACUCUAAUAACGGUUUUGCCCUUUUCAGUUGCUAUCCUCAAGUUAAGUUCAGGGGGAAAUGUUAUAAGAGUGAAUAGUAAGUGAAAAUGUUUCUUCUAAUGCGACAAUCACGCCAGCAAAACAGGCCUCCCAUGCAGACAUUCUUUUGGCUUGUCAGGCAAUCUUUGCUUCCCAAUGUUUGUUGGGGAGUAGAGAUUGUAUGAUAAGUCAAAAUGUGUCUGUGUGAGAGGAUACAGUGAAACAUAUUUUAGUUAAACUAGGGUUAAAAAAUUGAUAAUUUACCAACAGAAAAGUGAAAAAAAAGUUGGACUGAUUGUUUGUUGAAUAAUAAAGUUAGUAAGUUUAAAUGUGUGCUUUCGUGCUUCCAAAUCUGAAUCUGACAAAUCUAAAAUCACUAACCAACUUUGGUAAACACACGUAAGGCAAUACUUCAACCAUGGUUUACCUAUUUGCUUUUAAACAUGUUUAAGCUUCUGUGUGAAAGAAGAUAAUAAACUUAAAUGUAUAAGAACCAAAAGUCAUUUAUUUAGAGUUUAGGGAAAAAAGAAUCUUUCGGCCAUAGUCAUAACAUAAACUAUUUCUAAGAUUUUAGGACGAGUUAAAGAAAAUAAUCAUUGACUAUAAUUCACUGCCAAUAACUAAAGUGUAUAAAUUUAAAAUAAACUUAAAACAGUUUGCACCACCAGCACUAAUAUACAUUUUAAGUACAAAAUUAAAGAUUCAGGAAUGAUCGAUUUUGUACGUCAGUUACAUGUAAUUACCGCUCUGACACAUUAAUUGCUUUAUUAUUCAUUCAAAAUAAUCCCUAGUUUAAAAACAAGCUAAAACAUGCUUGCCUUCAUCGAUGUUUAGUUCACCUUGAUAGGGCAUGUUUAGAAGAUAAAGGGCUGUUCAGGUCUGAAAAAUUAAUGUACUCCAAAUAGCAGAUGCUCUCCAUCGAGUUGUCUUCUUGCUAUGUUUUUAGACAAUAGUUCGUCGUGAAACGAGUAAAAUGCUCCGCCGACUGUUCGGCUAUUUUUCUUUCCACAACCAAACAACUCAACCUCGUCCUCAGGUCUUCUCGGUUAAUGGUGCAUUAACCUGCAACUCUGCUACACUUUUGACGUCAUCAGUUGAUUAAUAGCAAAAUUCUUCCAAAUUUAGACAACAGUAGCGAAUUAUGCGUGUGCUUUUAGCCAAUCAGAAAUGGAGAAAUGUUUUGAAUGAAUAAUAAUGAAGUUUAUCUAUCCAUUUAAGUAAAUUGAUUAUUUCAAGUUAAGGUUCUGCUCAGACUGAGACUAUAAAACAAAGUCAAGUCGCUCUUUAAAAGUGGGAAGAUUAAGGAGUUGUUUUACAUUUAACUUUUUUCAGCAACUUAUGUGAGUGAAUCAGAUCUUCUAAAACGGCAAGUUGUAGAGAAUGAAAAGCUCUUCUUGUCACAACGUUCUCUUGUGCUCUAUGUAAUGUAGAAUGUAUUGUUUCUUGUUUUAUUUUAUAGUGCAUGAUUUGCAGCCGUUCGGGUCUACUCAGGUAGGUUACGUAUUCCACUGAAACCUCUUUUAGUUUAGUAGUCCUUUCGCAUGGUGCUGUUUAUUUAGUACGUUGUAUGUUGUUCUAACUUUUGACUCCGCCGUGGAUGGAAUUCUAUCUGGUGUGAUCAUUCUGAUGAAUCCUCUUCAGAAGUAUUCUUAUUGUACUAUUUAUUUAGUGUGUUCAUGUCGUUCUAACUUUUGAGUAUGUGAAUAAAAUAAUCUCACCUUUCAAUUGCCGUUUACUUUCCCUGAGCCAUUGUUUCCAAUUAUUUGGCAAAACUAGAUUUAGAAUUCUUUAACAGUGAGAGAAUUAGCUCUGCGGCAAUUAUCUUCGUAUUAUAAAAUAAUAAUUAUUUGUAUGUUGCAGUUUAACCUUACUCAUCAUAUUCGCCAUCUAUCGUUUGGCCAUGAAUAUCCUGGUAUAAAGCAUCCUUUGGAUAAUACUUAUGUCGCUGCUGAAGAUCGUAAGUCUCAAAUUGUUACAUAAAUCAUUAGAAAUUUUAAGAUGUUGCCAAAUUGUGCCAGAAAAAAAGCUGCAAAUAUAUUAAUCUUUCUUUAAAGGACGUGUCCGCCUAAAUCUUCGGUAAAAAACAGGCAACAAACCGUGCAACAUUGGCUGUUUUUACGCUAUAGACGUUAAAGUGCAAGUUGAAUGGCGAUGUUGCGCGUUUUGCCACUCACGUUUAAACCUGUCUUGCAACAAGGUAAAACACGCAACAUCGCUAUUCAACUCGUUUUGCAGCAAUGUUGCAAAACCGUACCGUGCGGCGUGAUUCCUGUAACGGAGCGAAGGCUGCGUCACAAAUCGGAUGGGUGUUGACACGAUACCGGAUGGGUUUUCGUGUCGGCACUAAAAGCUAUCCGGAAAUGGCCUAUUUUAUCACGCUUUCUCUUUGCUUCCUUAUGUGGUAAAUUAUGAAAGAUGCUGUUCAUUUCCUCUUAUUUCGUUUUACUUAGCCGGAAGUAUGUACCAGUACUUUGUGAAGAUAGUUCCCACAAUAUACCGGAAGUUAAACGGAGAGGUGAGUACUGUACUGUAGGACCCUUCGCAUUUUUUGAUUGCAUUUAGGAGGGGCACCCAAGGACGGUUUCCUAAAAUUACGAUGAAAGCUCUUUUUAGGCCAUCCAGAGUACUUUAAGAUCUCUAGAAAAGCAUUCUAAGCGGCGCUACAAAAUUUUUAUCUGUUUGGUCAUCCUAGGGGAAGUCUUCGAAAUUACAAGGGCUCCAGUGUUAUUUUCCCGAAAAUUUCAGGUUUAAUUUAACGUUUUACGAAAGCGAGAAUUUUUCUGAUUCCAUCUCUCCAUCACCGAAAAUUUGCAAGAAAAAUAGUGUAACCUGGGUAGUAAAUUAUGAAAAAUUAAACUUCAGAAAAUCGUAAGGACUUUAUUAGAUAAGCUUCGAAAAUUGUGCAUGAAUGGGACCUUCUUCUAGAAAUUUUUAGCCGUCCUCAAGCAUAAGAAAACUCUGGGCAAUAUUUGCUUCUCCGAACAGAUAUUUUACAGAAAAUAGUAGUUGGGUGCCCCUGAUGUAGGCACAAGUAUGAAAUCAGGUGAAAGAGCAUUGCGUUGUGGGACUGUUUUGGAGAUUCUAUCGUUUCGUUCAUUGGCUUUGACGAGAUUGUGAAGUAAACUGGGUCAAAAUUCAUCUCCUAAAACAUUCCCAUAAUGCAAUCCGACACAACACCGACCUAGUCGCACGCAACACCUCUAAGAAUGGCUACUUCUAGUCCGUUGAAAAGUCACUUAGCAGUUACAAGGCGGAUCUAUAGAAAAAAGAACGCAACGUCAAAUGUAACGCGAAAGCGCGCAGAAAGGACUAAACGCGACUUCCGAUGCUCAAUUUGCCGAUUUGCUAUUGAUCAGGUCGGUUUUGAGAUCAUCAAGUUGUCUUUGCUAAAUUUAUGAAAACCCCAGGUUGUUUCCGAAAUCUCGUUAGUAAAUGAGCCUUGUUUGUUCAUUUUUUCGUAUCCUUCCUGCAGGUUGUUAAAACGAAUCAGUUCUCAGUAACAAAACACAAGCGGGUUAUCCGACAAGUGUCCGGUGAACACGGCCUUCCAGGUAUGUCCAAACUGCCCACCUACUCCUCCCCUAAGCCAAUAUUUUGCCCUAAGUGAGAAAUAAGUGUUAAUGAUGGCUUAGGGAAGGGGAAGGUGGGCAGUUUCCCAGAAACGUAUAGUGAUCAUCCAAUUUGUUUUGUCAGUGGACGCUAACAAAAGCGUACAUUAGCAAAUCUAAAGCAACUGAUGCUAAAUCUUUUCACUUUUCAUUUGCGUCGUAGGGGUUUUUGUCUUGUAUGAAUUCUCGCCGAUGGUUGUUCAGUACACGGAAAGCCGAAGGUGAGUUCUUGAUACUUCCUUGCUUCCCCGCCGGCCUCAAAAUGACGCUGCCGGUUCACGGGCGUGCGCUACUCGGUAUAAGAAAAUCUCGUUCUCGUACUCGUCUAUUAAUAGGAGACUGAGAGACGACUGGGGACGAGUCAGGCGAACCCUUUCUGCAAAAAGCCAUUUCCGAGUUUCCCCAGGCCUCUGUAUCAAAACGAGGUUAAGUGCACAGCCCUGAGCCCUUUGAUAUGGAGAUGGUUUUUCAUUCUCAUGCAAAUAAAACUCAUUUUCACAAGAAAGGUUGUGCCGGCCUCAUUUUGAAAGUGAGCGUUUUUGGAACUCGGAAGUGGCCUAAUUUCUCACCCUUUUUUUCUAUUUUAGGUCCUUUAUGCAUUUCCUCACUGGAGUUUGUGCUAUUGUCGGAGGUAUAUUUACUGGUAAGGCGCGGCUUUUCGUUUGUAUUUUUCUUGCUGUUCUAGGUUGCCCUUUUUCCUCUUCUACUUUCUUAUGGUACUUGAUCGCUUUUUGUUUUUGCAGUUGCUGGUCUCAUAGACUCCAUGAUUUAUCAUUCCUCUCGGGCACUUCAGAAGAAAAUAGAUUUGGGAAAAGCUACCUGAGUUAUCUCGACAAGUGCGUGACACAAUGAACAGAUAUUACGUGACUCUACAAGGAGUAAUGCGUGACACUAUAAGGACAACUUCAUAGAUCUGUACAAAAUACCUAGUAAUCCACUUUUUAAAUUCGAGGAGGCGGUUUUUAGAUAAGUAAUUUAAUCUAGUGAGUUUCAACUAUUUUCAAAAAUGGUUCCCUUGGAUUUACAGACAGUUUUAUCAUUUAUGAGGAUCUGAAAUAGUUUUCCUAGGCCUUAUAAAAUAAAUCAAUAAUUUGAACUUGUGGUAUAACGUGCGCAACGCUUUCCUGAAGUCAAAUCUUGGAAUGUCUUUUCCCCCUUCUGUGCCCCCGUUUCUUUUCUACUAGAAAGCCAGUCACUUGUACUACUGCUUUCUCACGAGACUUCUCUUCAAAACAGCAAACACCAUAUGUGUACAUAAUUUCCGAAAAGACAAAGGGACAAAUUCCCCUGGGACCUUUUUUUGGAAAAUAACCAUACAAGCUUAAGAAGUCUUUUUACAUAGUUGUGGGUGUAUUUGCCAAAUCCCCAGGCGUCAAUAUUUUAGCCUAUUCACCACGUAGACCAUAACGCACCUUCUUUACCUCCCAAAAUUUUGCAUAACCAUUGUCUUCGAGUUCUCUUCAGACAAUAAUCGGGAGAGAUAAGAGGCGAAGGUUAUGCGAAAUGUUGGGGGGAAACAAGGUGCAAGGUUCUAGGUCACGUGUUCCGAGCGUCGUACAAAAAAUGGCCUCGUACGAAUCGCUUGAAGAAAAAGGAAAAUAUUAUUUCCAUUAAGAACAGACACAGAACAUUUGUAUUCCUUUCC